AAGGCAGAGGGGAGGGGGAGAGACUGGGAGCGUGUCAGCUAGAGAAAGAGAGAGAGAGAGGGAGAGAGGAGUCAGAGGAGCCAGGUAGACAACUGAAGAUCAGCCAGCAGGGAAAUCUUAUGCUUUCUACAGAGAAAACCAUCAGAGAUCAGCAUCCGGCUCACCAUGGACUUGAAUAGGCUUUUGCAGUGUUAAUGAACACACCUCUGGGGCUCGUAGUUGGUGGACGCAUGGUGCUUGUUCGCCCCUGCUGUUCCCACACGCUGUGAAUUGCUCAUGUCUAUAAGAAGGAAGGAUGGCUCUUGGUAUUCCCUCACAAGGCAAAGUGACAGUGACGGUGGACGAGUACAGUUCCAACCCCACCCAGGCAUUUACGCAUUACAACAUUAACCAAAGCAGAUUCCAGCCCCCUCACGUUCACAUGGUAGACCCCAUCCCUUAUGACACUCCCAAACCAGCCGGCCACACGCGUUUCGUCUGCGUAUCUGACACACACUCCAGGACAGAUGGCAUCCAGAUGCCAUACGGGGACAUUCUGCUGCACACGGGUGAUUUCACCGAGCUGGGCCUGCCUUCGGAGGUUAAGAAGUUUAAUGACUGGUUAGGAACCUUACCCUACGAAUAUAAGAUAGUGAUUGCAGGGAAUCAUGAACUGACUUUUGAUAAAGAAUUCAUGGCGGAUCUUGUUAAACAGGAUUACUACCGCUUCCCCUCGGUUUCCAAAUUGAAACCUGAAGACUUUGAUAAUGUGCAAUCACUCCUCACUAACAGUAUUUACUUGCAAGAUUCAGAGGUCACUGUGAAAGGAUUCAGAAUAUACGGCGCGCCAUGGACACCAUGGUUUAACGGAUGGGGAUUUAAUCUUCCCAGAGGCCAAUCUUUACUUGACAAGUGGAACCUUAUCCCAGAGGGCAUCGACAUCCUAAUGACUCACGGACCUCCCCUUGGUUUCCGGGACUGGGUUCCGAAAGAGUUGCAAAGGGUUGGGUGUGUAGAACUUCUUAACACAGUGCAGAGGAGGGUCAGGCCCAAGUUGCAUGUCUUUGGUGGAAUCCAUGAAGGAUACGGAAUUAUGACUGAUGGCUACACCACAUACAUCAAUUCUUCAACGUGUACAGUCAGCUUUCAACCAACCAAUCCUCCAAUUAUUUUUGACCUUCCUAAUCCCCAAGGAUCAUGAAGACCCUGGACACAUCUAUAUCCAUGGGUCUAUAAACUGCCUUUUCUGUUUUAAUAAUAACUGUCUUGCUCUUUUUAUCUAUUUCCAAGUUUUGGAUUUGCAUUCUUUUGCUCAAACUGGUACAAGGAAAACAAACCAUACCUUUAAAAAGGAAAAAAAAAAAAGUUCAUGCUUUUAAAAACAUCUUUUAAUUUAUCGGUUACUCUUGUGUCCUAAGAAAGCUAUUGUAAAAUGUACAUAUCCCAGGAGGGUCAGUUCAUAACAUUAAUAUAAAAUUUAAAAAAUGGUGACUAAAAAAAAAAUUAAGCUAUUCAUUUUGUAAACCACCGGGAUUUGCACAACUUAAUGUUAUUUGAAUUGUGUCUGUAUUUUUUUUUAAACCAUUAUCGAAUUGUGUGCUUUUUUCAAUCACCUCAAAGUCUUUCCAGUGCUUUUAUGUCCAUUUUAGUUUCAUUUUUUUUUUAAAUCUGAUGACUUUUUUUUCUUUCUUUUGUACGCAUAUUCAGUCCAUGACCU